AUGGGCGAACAGGAAGGUGCCACGAACGAGCAGAUUCAGUCCCUCCCGCAGUUCAAGUUCCGCCGGCGAGGCUCUCCGCCAAGCAGCAGCCGCCCGCUCACCGCGUCCGCCGCCCUUUCCGCCAUCACGGAGGCGCUAGGCGUUGCGACCACCAGCAGCAGCACCACCACCAACGCCAGCAGCAGUAGUGGGCUAAAUAGCAGUGCGGCGAAGGGUAGCAGCUGUGAUGAUGGAAACAGCAGUGGUGAUACGGGGGGCAGCAGUGGAAAGGGAACGGCCAGUGCGGGUGCCGAGGGGAGGGAUGAGGUUCGGGUGACGAUCGACGAGCCGGCAGGGGGCGUUAUGACGCAAGUGGGAGGGUCGAGCCAGCCGCCGCGGGAGAGAGAAGUGGCAGACGAUGAUGCGCUCCUCCCAGUUGUGAUGCACAGUUGUCCGCCUUUUCUCUCUUCCCAGAAUCGCCGCAUCUGCCUGGGAGCACAUGGGGACGCAGUGCUGGUGCUGCUCAGACCCAUUACCCUUCCCCUCAUGUUUUCCUCAUCCUCUCCCUUCUCAUCCUCCCAUCCCUCCCAUCUUCCCAUCCUCUCAUCCUCGCAGGAGUGCUGCAUCUGCCUGGGGCCAUACGAGGACGCAGUGCUGCUGAGGGAGCUGCCCUGCUCACACCACUUCCAACUCCGCCUGCGUUGA